AUGGUCUCCGGUUCCGGCGUGUGCGCGAAGCGCAUCGUGGUGGACGCGCGCCACCACAUGCUCGGACGCCUGUCGUCUAUUAUCGCCAAGGAGCUGCUGAAUGGGCAGAAGGUGGUCGUCGUCCGCUGCGAGGAGAUCUGCAUGUCGGGCGGCCUCGUCCGCCAGAAGAUGAAGUACCUCCGCUUCCUCCGCAAGCGGAUGAACACCAAGCCGUCUCACGGCCCCAUCCACUUCCGCGCCCCCGCCAAGAUCCUGUGGCGCACCAUCCGCGGUAUGAUUCCGCACAAGACCAAGAGGGGAGAGGCGGCUCUGGCGAGGCUCAAGACCUACGAGGGCGUCCCGCCGCCGUACGACAAGACCAAGCGCGUGGUCAUCCCUGACGCUCUUAAGGUUCUGAGGCUGCAGCCUGGGCACAAGUACUGCCUCCUCGGCGAGCUCUCUAAGGAGGUCGGAUGGAACUACCAUGACACCAUCAGGGAACUUGAGGAGAAGAGGAAGGAGAAGGCCAAGGUUGCCUAUGAGAGGAGGAAGCAACUGGCCAAGCUGCGUGUCAAGGCUGAGAAAACAGCCGAGGAUAAGUUGGGAUCUCAGCUGGAGAUUCUUGCCCCGAUCAAGUACUGA